AGUAAAGAUGGCGGAGAGAACGGCGUCAUUGCCUGUCAGGUUGCGGCAUCGGUGCCCUCGCUCAACAUGGCGGCCUUUUGUGCCCGCCCCCUCCGCUAACGGGCAGGUUACUCCGUCCCAACACAGUAGACGAAGGCUGCGGCGAUGGCGGCGGGGAUAGUGGCUUCUCGCAGACUCCGCGACCUACUGACCCGGCAACUCACAGCCUCCAACUACCCGGGACUCAGUAUUAGCCUUCGCCUCACUGGCUCCCCUGCACAAGAGGAGGCUUCCGGAGUAGCCCUCGGUGAAGCCCCAGACCACAGCUAUGAGUCCCUUCGUGUGACGUCUGCGCAGAAACAUGUUCUCCAUGUUCAGCUCAACCGGCCCAACAAGAGGAAUGCCAUGAACAAGGUCUUCUGGAGAGAGAUGGUAGAGUGCUUCAACAAGAUUUCGAGAGACGCUGACUGUCGGGCGGUGGUGAUCUCUGGUGCAGGAAAAAUGUUCACUGCAGGUAUUGACCUGAUGGACAUGGCUUCGGACCUCUUGCAGCCCAAAGGAGAUGAUGUGGCCCGGAUCAGCUGGUACCUCCGUGACAUCAUCACUCGAUACCAGGAGACCUUCAAUGUCAUCGAGAAGUGCCCCAAGCCCGUGAUUGCUGCCGUCCACGGGGGCUGCAUUGGCGGAGGUGUGGACCUCGUCACCGCCUGUGACAUCCGGUACUGUGCCCAGGAUGCUUUCUUCCAGGUGAAGGAGGUGGACGUGGGUUUGGCUGCCGAUGUAGGAACACUGCAGCGCCUGCCCAAGGUCAUCGGGAACCAGAGCCUGGUCAACGAGCUGGCCUUCACCGCCCGCAAGAUGAUGGCUGACGAGGCCCUGGGCAGUGGGCUGGUCAGCCGGGUGUUCCCAGACAAGGAGGUCAUGCUCGAUGCUGCCUUAGCGCUGGCGGCCGAGAUUUCCAGCAAGAGCCCCGUGGCGGUGCAGAGCACCAAGGUCAACCUGCUCUAUUCCCGCGACCAUUCGGUGGCCGAGAGCCUCAACUACGUGGCGUCCUGGAACAUGAGCAUGCUGCAGACCCAGGACCUCAUGAAGUCGGUCCAGGCCGCGACUGAAAACAAGGAACUGAAAAGCGUCACCUUCUCCAAGCUCUGAGAGCCCUCGCGUCCCAGACCCAGCCAGGGGCCUGGCCUUGUCCCGCCUCAUCCGCAGAAAGGGAGGAUGGGCGAUGACGGUUGUCUCUAUGCCUUCUCACCCAGUCUCCCAGUUUAUAACUUUAUGACAAUGCGUUUCUCAAGCCCAAGGCCUUAUCUUCACCCCACAAACAAUAAAGCAAAGUAAAGAA